GCCAGUGACUCAGGUCCUCGGGCUGAGACGUGGGUGCAGCCGCUCCACAGAGUAAAGUCGCGAGUAACCGUCCAGUCGUGUUAGUGUGCUGUUCCUACUUUUUAUUUAUAAUCGUUUCAACCAGCUGGUAGCAGAUAAGAAAUCCUGCAGUCAUGUCGCACUCGGUCACAAUCACGAGGACAACCACUACGACAUCUGGCAGCACAUUGUUCGUUAACACCGGUUAUCUGGGCACCUUCCCAGGGCUAUUGAAACUCGCGCAACUGUUGCUGGGUGCAGCAUGUGUGGGCGUCGUGGGCUACUACUUGGAGCCAGGCUACACGCGGUACAAUGGCCAGAAACCUGAACUGUUCUACCUCCUAGUGGCGGUAGCGUUCCUGAUUGGCACAUUUUGCCUGUUGCUUUCGUGUUUGAUAUCGCUAUCAACGGCUACUAUGAUAUCAAGAACGAUGUAUGAGGUCGUUUACCACGGGAUAGCCUUUGUAAUGUACCUAGCAGCAGGACUUACACUAAUGAUAGAAGUAAAUCAUCAAAAGAGUAGUUAUCGAAGAGACUUUGAGCCUUAUUUAGCUGCAGCGGUAAUGGGUUUGGUGAUGGCGGUUCUGUACUUGAUAAGUACCUUCUUGGCGAAUCGUUCCUAUCGAGGCAUUUGAACUUCUACGUUUUAAUAAAUACAGGAGAAGCAUUUUAAUUUUUUUAAAUUGUACAAACUUGUUUUUUGUCA